AUGGAAGGACUCGGAAUGCCAGAAGGAUUUGACGAGGCAGUUUACCUAAUUGAAAUUAACGAGCUUGUUAAGCAGUACUUGCGCAAGGUCAUGAAGCCCAAGGUCAAGUUCACCGCUAUUUCUGGAAGGGCUGCCUUGAAUCUCGAGACUUCGACCGGAAUUCCAAUUCAAAUACCAGAAAACACUCCUUUCGACGACAUAAAGCAAGCAAAGAAGGAAGCCAUUAUAAAGUUCUUUGCCAAGCGUCCUUGGAUACUACUUCCAAACAAGGAGAACCCUUUCCCAAGAAUUCCCACAUUUAAAUUCAAAUUCGAAUAA